ACGAGCGCACGGCACGAGCCCGCAGAUGGAGUCCGAACAUCUGUCCUCCGCUUCUUUUUUUUCUUUUGCAUCUGGCCGCCCUCUGUGGUUUGUGGUUGCACUUUUGGGAAUGAACCGAACACACUCGAGUCCUCUGGAGUUCCGGUUGCCACGGUAUGUUUGAGGCGGCCGAGGUCCCGGAGCCCCCCCGCAGAGAGAUGAGUAGGAAGAGGCUUUCCGUCACGGGCUCUCUACUCGCCUGGACGCUGAUGCUGUUCCACGGGGUGGGGCAGUGCAAAGAGGCGGACAAUGUUGCCAGGACGCGCCAAGCGCCGAUGUCUCCCUCAGAUUUUCUGGACAAACUGAUGGGCAGGACGUCGGGAUAUGAUGCCAGGAUACGGCCGAACUUUAAAGGUCCUCCAGUGAACGUUUCCUGUAAUAUUUUCAUCAACAGCUUUGGGUCCAUUGCUGAAACCACCAUGGACUACCGUGUGAACAUCUUCCUCCGGCAGCAGUGGAACGACCCCAGACUCGCCUACGCUGAAUAUCCGGAUGAUUCCCUGGACUUGGACCCCUCUAUGUUAGACUCCAUCUGGAAGCCAGACCUCUUCUUUGCCAAUGAGAAAGGGGCCCACUUUCACGAAGUCACUACGGAUAACAAGCUGCUGAGGAUAUUUAAGAAUGGGAAUGUUUUAUACUCAAUAAGAUUAACAUUAACUCUCUCGUGUCCCAUGGAUCUUAAGAACUUCCCUAUGGAUGUUCAGACCUGCAUCAUGCAGUUGGAGAGCUUUGGCUACACCAUGAAUGACCUGAUCUUUGAGUGGCAGGAGAAUGGAUCGGUCCAAGUGGCCGAAGGCCUCACAUUGCCACAGUUUCUGCUCAAAGACGAGUCAGAUCUCAGAUACUGCACCAAGCACUAUAACACAGGUAAAUUCACUUGUAUUGAAGUGCGGUUCCACCUGGAGCGUCAAAUGGGCUACUACCUGAUCCAGAUGUACAUCCCCUCUCUGCUCAUUGUCAUUCUCUCCUGGGUCUCCUUCUGGAUCAACAUGGACGCUGCCCCAGCCAGAGUGGCCCUGGGCAUCACCACUGUCCUCACAAUGACUACACAGAGUUCAGGGUCCCGCACUUCACUGCCUAAGGUCUCCUACGUCAAGGCCAUAGACAUCUGGAUGGCAGUGUGUCUCCUCUUCGUCUUCUCUGCGCUGUUGGAGUACGCCGCCGUCAACUUUGUGUCGAGGCAACAUAAAGACCUGCUGCGUUUCAGACGGCCUCCCAAGAGCAAGAGCAAGAUCAGUGGAGGUGCGGUUGAUCCAGAGGAGCUAGCUUAUUCCCUCCGUCGGCUCAAUGUUGACAACGGCCUCGAACCCGCAGGCCCUCGUUAUGGAUCAAUGACCAACGUCUUCACCAGCAGGGAAGGGGAGGAACGUGACAACAGACGGACCUCCACAGCUGCUGUGACCUCCACUCCGAGGAACAGCAAGGACCUGAAGGGCAACACCAACAACGCUGUAACUGUACCCAACACGCCGGGAGCCGCAGCAAACCCCGGCCAGAAAGGGGGAGGGGCUAAAAGCGUCGAGGAGAUGAGGAAGCUGUUCAUCGACAGAGCCAAAAAGAUCGACACUGUGUCGAGGGCCGGCUUCCCUCUGGCCUUUCUGUUCUUCAAUAUAUUCUACUGGGUUCUUUAUAAGAUACUUCGGCGAGAAGAUGUCCAUAUGCGGUAGAGAAAGAAAGGACAGACAUUAUUGC